AUGAUGUCAGUCUCACACGAUGAAUUGCCACCAUCUUACGAGGUUGCUAUGUCCAAUGGCUGCGUCCAGGCAUCCACGGCUCUUCGCGAUGAUAGUCGAGUCGACGUGACUGUUCAGGCACAGCAGCUAGGGCUAGGCAAUCUGCUCGUAGCAAGAACACCCGAACACGAAAAAAAGAAACCGGAAGUUUCUCCGGUCGAUGUCAUUCCAUUGAACAUUGUCAUCCAAGUAGUGGGCAGUCGAGGAGAUGUUCAGCCUUUCAUAGCACUUGGGACACAGCUUCAGCGAAAGGGUCAUCGUGUCCGGCUUGCAACCCAUCAAAACUUUGAGAAAUUCGUUCAACAGACAGGACUAGAGUUCUACCCAAUCGGAGGCAACCCAGAAGAAUUGAUGUCGUUUAUGGUAAACAACCCCGGAAUCAUUCCCAAGGCGUCAACGAUCGCCAGCGGAGAAAUUGGUCGCAAACGUCAAAUGAUUGCAGAAAUGCUGCAUGGCUUUUGGCAGUCAUGCGUUGAGCCCGAUCCCAUCAGCAUGGCCCCAUUCGUCGCAGAUGCGAUCAUUGCAAACCCGCCGAGCUUUGCUCAUGUUCACUGUGCACAAGCACUGGGCGUGCCACUGCACAUCAUUUUCACGAUGCCAUGGAGCCCAACGAGGGAGUUUCCCCAUCCACUCGCCAACAUUCGGGGUUCCAAUAUUGAUUCUUCAGUCAAAAAUUACUUGUCAUACAGCAUGGUAGAGCUCUUAACCUGGAGCGGACUGGCGGACAUUGUUAACAAAUUUCGCACGAGGACUCUCAACUUAGAGGAGCUGUCAACUCGAACCGCAAUUCGUCUGAUGGAGACCUUGGAGGUUCCCCAUACAUAUUGCUGGUCUCCUGCACUGAUUAAAAAACCCUCUGAUUGGCCCUUUUAUAUCGAUGUUUGUGGGUUUUUCUUCCGAGAGGAGCCAUUCUACGAACCACCUUCGGAAAUCCUGCAAUUCUUGGCCAAAGGAACAACACCAGUCUACAUCGGAUUUGGCAGUAUCGUAAUGGAUGAUCCGCAAGCCAUGACGUCUAUUAUCGCAGAAGCGUGUAACCAGCUAGGAAUUCGAGCCAUUGUAUCCAAAGGCUGGAAAUGGCUUUUCAAGCGGGUUGCAGCAGUUGUUCACCACGGCGGCGCAGGCACCACUGCCUAUGGCCUACUGAACGGAUGUCCGACUACGAUCGUUCCGUUUUUUGGAGACCAGCCCUUCUGGGCAUCCAUGGUCGCUGUUGCCGGCGCUGGGCCGCCAGCUCUCGACCGGAAGCGCCUGACUGCUCUCGCCUUGGCCGAUGCUAUCAGUUUUUGUCUCACUCCUGAGGCACACCAGGCCGCCUCAAGAAUCAGUGCAGUGAUGAAGGUCGAAGAUGGAGUCGCGAAUGCAGUUACGAGCUUCCAUAAUUACCUACCUUGGAAGGACCUCCGAUGUGAUAUAUUACCAUCUGAGGUUGCUGUGUGGUCGUUGGAUCACAAAAGGCUAAAAAUCUCUCACAAAGCGAUGAUGAUUCUCACAAGUCACGGGAAACUCGAUAUACGGCAUAUCAAACUGUAUGUACUGGAUUCAAAUGCUACUGGCUUGGCUAAUGAUCGAACACAAGGUACCGUUUCGACAUCGGCCGUAUUGAUCAACACUUCUACCCGAUUCACGAAGGGACUCGGAAAUUUUGCAAUCGACCCAAUCAAAGGUGCAAGUCAAAUGACAUCAAGUCUCGUAAAUGGGGCCUUUGUAGAAACACCAAUUGCUUUGGCUGAAGGCUUGCGAAAUGUACCCCGUUUGUAUGGGGAUGUACCAGAGAAAAUGACCCCAAUUGAGGGAUGGAAAGGAGGAAUGACUCAGGCUGGAAAGGGCCUAUACACUGGAUUUGCACAAGGACUCAGUGGCUUCAUUACAAAACCUUACCAAGAGGCCAAAAAAGACGGCGCGGCGGGAUUCGCGAAGGGAUUCGCAAAAGGUAGCAUCGAGCUUUUCUCUAAGCCAGGAUCAGGUAAUUUCUUUUCCCGUGCAAUGUUUGGCCUUAUGGCCUACCCUGCGAUGGGAAUUUACAAAAGUCUCAAGAACAGAAAGCUAAAUUCGACCGAUGCGAAGAUCUUCGAGUCGAAAAUUGCCGAAGGUGAUGACUUGCUUGGAAAGUUUCCUCCUAGCCCUGAAGAAGUCAAAACUGUGUUGUCGGCGUUUGAACAAUUAUCAUAA